GCUCCGUGUGCCGCGCUCCUUGUUUUUUGGUCGGUCGCACAUUUCGGCGGAACAGAGAAGCGGAGAAAAUGUCGCGGGUUUAUAUCGGCAGGCUGAGCUACCGGGCCAGAGAGAAGGACGUGGAGAGGUUCUUCAAAGGCUACGGGAAGAUCCUCGAAGUCGACUUGAAAAACGGGUACGGGUUUGUUGAAUUCGAUGACCCCCGCGACGCCGACGAUGCGGUUUACGACCUGAACGGCAAAGAGCUGUGCGGAGAGAGGGUCAUAGUGGAGCACACCAAGGGGCCCCGGAGGGACGGAGGCUACGGUGGCGGAAGGAAGUCCUUUGCUGACUGCCUGCCCCUAUUGCUGGCCAUGGUGUCCCCCCUUUCCAAGAGUGUGGUUUGACCAUUCUGGGCCCCUGGGCAGACCAAAAAAGGGAGCCAUUGUGAAUGAAGACCGCUUUUGCCAUUAGGCCCAGGCCGGGUGGUGAGGAUGCCAUGGGGUUAGGAAGAGAUGUGGGUUCAGCUCUCAUAGGUGGAUAUGGACGCUGGGGAAGAGACAGAUAUGGUCCGCCGAUGAGGACGGAUUAUCGGCUUAUUGUUGAGAAUCUUUCCAGCCGCUGUAGCUGGCAGGACUUGAAGGACUACAUGAGGCAGGCGGGGGAGGUGACUUACGCCGACACCCACAAGGGUCGCAGGAACGAGGGCGUGAUCGAGUUCAGGCUCUACUCGGACAUGAAGAGGGCUCUGGAGAAGCUCGACGGCACCGAGGUGAACGGCAGAAAGAUCCGGCUCAUCGAGGACCGUCCCGGUGCCCGACGUCGCCGCUCGUAUUCCCGCAGUCGCAGCCGCUCCAGGUCUCGCUCCAGGAGCCGUAGAUCUCGCAAGAGUCGCAGCCGCAGUGAAAGCAGCAGCCGAAGCCGCUCACACUCCAGAGCGGCGUCUCGUUCCCGCAGUCGAUCCCGCAGCAAGAAGAAUAAAGGCAAGAACAAGAAGGAGGAAGAGGAGCGAAGCAACGGAGCUGAGAAGGGAAAAGAUCGCAGCCGGAGCCGCAGCCCGAAGAGCAAAAAGAUCAAGAAGGACGGGAAGAAGAUGAAGAAGGACGACUCCAGGUCCAGGUCUCGCUCCGGCUCCAGGUCCCGCUCCAGGUCGGGUAACAAGGAUCGCUCCAGGAAGUCCGUCUCCAAGGAGCCGGCGAAGAGCGACGACGAGGGCGGCGAGCCGGAGAGGGGCUCUCGCUCCCGAUCCGGCUCCCCGGCCGAGUCCAAGUCCAGAGCCAGGUCCAAAUCCAAGUCCAAGUCCCGUUCCCCCUCCCCGGCCAAAGCCCGCUCCCGGUCCCGGUCCGCCUCCCGCUCAGAGUCCCGCUCCAAAUCCCGCUCCCAGUCUCGUUCCCGCUCCCGUUCCCGCUCCUAGUGGUGGACUGUCGGUGGCCCCGUCCUGUAUUUACAUUCCCCCAGCGCCCCACCUCCUGUUUUUGAUAAGUAGCCGUAGAAAGCAGCGCUCUGCUCCCCGUCUUUUAUGCACAUGCCGCUCCACUUCAUUUGACUUUUACAUCCUUUUCAUUAGAGGUGUUUGUAAGAGAACAGGGUGCAGUCUGAGUUUUAUAAGUUUCACCGAUGCUCUGGUAUGUGUCUUAGCCUUUUUUAAUUGACGUAGAAGCAUACUGUUUUUGUCAAUAUGCCGGGUGGAGCCAGAUCCCACGUCUGCCGCCUUUUGUGAAAUCCUUGUACCGUUUUUGUUUCAGAUUAAAAAUGUCUGUUCUGGUCUUGGAGGCA